GGCGCGGUCCGUCUCUCACUGGUGCAGAAACACAGGCGAUGACACUUCCAUUUACCGAUGAUUCAUCUAACUCUUCUGUACUCAACAAGCCACUACAGCCAGCGUCUAGAUUAGCCCCCUUAACAGAGGUUGCUAGACGUGAACAAAUUUCGCCAUAAAACGGAGGCCUCCUCCCUCGAAGCAAGCCACGAACCUUCCUGCAAGCCGUCGGCCCCACUACGACACAGUUCCCGCUAAUCACGCUAGUUAGCACGCUACGCUGAAUGUUUCCUGCUCUUGUGGGUGUGGCCAGACCCACCUCAACACACCUGUCUGUCAGCUGACCCAGGUGAUGAGCUGGUCGACCAGUGAGGAGACAGGAUCACCAAUAAGCAGCUCUCAACACACCUGAAGCAGGUUAUGGACACGUCAGAGGAACCAUUUCCCACCCCCCCGCCCUACUUCCUGCCAGUCCAUAGUAAAACAGGUGAUGACAUGAGGUUCUUCUCAUCUCCCUUCCCUCCUCCUCCUCCUCCAACGCCAACUGUGUCUAACAGAUACAUCAACCACACACCUUCUGAGGACAGUAGACAUGAUGAUAAUGUGAAGAUCUACCACGUCAGCCACGGACAUCAUCCUACACCUAUAGAUGGUGUCUCCUUUUACACACCCCUAUCAAAACCAGUCCAGAGUCAGAGUUCUGUGUUGCAGUCCCGGGCAGAACUGGGCGUGUCUCCCGGUCUAUCCCAAUGUCCAUCCUGUCAGACCCAGGUGAUGAGUGACGUCAGACACUGCGCUGGAAGCUUCGCCUGGAUAAUGUGUCUGGUAUUCAUACUCUGUGGGUUGAUUCUGGGCUGCUGUUUGAUCCCCUUUUUGGUCAGGCAUUUCAAGGACACCUAUCACACUUGUCCUCGCUGCCACAUGGUCCUUCACAUCCACAAGAAGAUGUGCUGCCCACUGACCUCUGACCCCGGAGCUUCCACAUAGAGACAAGUUGAGGGAACCCCAGUCUGGCCUCGUGUAGGGUUAAUAAAACACUACUGACUACAAACUCUACUCCCUGGAGGGAAGGAAUGCACUGCUUAUGGCCAGGGCUCCUUCCAGAUGGGAAUCUGGAGUACUGAUAGUUGUCUUUUCUACCUGGUAGAUAAUUGCAAUCACCUGAUCCCAGGUUUAAAUCCAUCCCUGGUUAGAGGGUUAACAUGAAAACCAGUUGCACUUUGGGACCUGGGAUGUGGAGUUGAGAACUGCUGAUGAAGAGGUCAAAAAACCUCUGUAGCCAGAGUUACAGAUGGCAUAUCUUUCAGUAUCCAUUUUUAAAACCUGUGCUGUAAUCAUGCAUAAAAAUAAUAAUAAAUGCUGCUACUACAUCUAGCAAACCUAAUGCUCUUCCUGCUAUUUAUCUGACUCCUGGUUACUCCUGAUUGAAUCUGGGGGAUUAGGAAAAGAGGAAGUAUUUUCAGUUCCUUCAUCCUUUAAUCUUUACCUCAGGAUGCGUGAGGCAGAGAAUCAUUCCGCAUUACACACGUGUAUCUCUCACACACACACUCACACACACCCGUUUGUAACUGUCCAUUGGUCAGGCUUUGUGUGUGUGUUGUCAGUGGUGGACCCAGGCUCCGCCCUCCUACAUAAGAGGAUAAAAGGCAGCGCUCCUGACUCCCACAGUGAUGUGGUACGGGAGUGGCCAUCGUUCCGGUGACCUCCAGGACACUUUCAGUCCCGGGUCUUAGGAGCUGUGUGACCGUGCACGGCAGAGCCCCGGGGAAGGACCCCGCUCCUUCUGUCCUCACCCUGUCCUCCUUUCAUCUGUCCAUUUCUUACCUUGUCUGCCUGGUGAGAAUGCCUUUCACCCCUCCUGCCCCCCCCACCUCCUCCGUCUCUCUGUCCGUCACGGGGACUGGAGCCUUUACCAACACAGCCGCGGUGGUGACCCCGGUGAAAGCCGGCAAGGCCAAGGCGUCGUUUCCACCUGAGGAGAAGACCAAGCUCUCUGGCAGCUCUGAGAAGGAGCGUUUGACCUCUAACCUGAAACAGCCGGGCAGGAAGAGCCAAUUCCACGGCAGACCCCCCACUGUCAGGGGGAAAGGUUCAGGUGCAGCGUUGUCAGGGUUACGGGUGGAUGGCAGAAACCCCUGGCUACCAUGUCACAGACUCACGGUAAUGAGCCAGAGACUCCCGGUAACUUCACUGUCCAGUAGCGACGGCAGUAGUUUCCCUGCCUCCAGCUCGGGGGAAUUUGUGACACCGGGUGUGGGGUCAAAGCCAAAAAGCCGCAAGGAGGAGCAGACCGAACCAGAAGAGGAGGAGCAGGAGCACUUUACCCUCACCCUGACCCCAGAGGCUGUUGAAUUAUUACAGAGAAGGAGCAUUGAGAAGCUCCGAACCUGCAGACUGGGCGCCUCCCAAAAUAACACCAGCGUUCCCAGACGGACUCCAGGAAAAUCCCGCCCGGGAACCACCCGGAAUACUGACAGCAGCCGAGUACGCAGGGCCGGGAAUAAUGGUGUCAAAGCCAGUCACGUCAGCGAGGACAUUAGCCACCUGUUGAAGAUCUCGCUCCUUAAUGACCAAUACAGAUAUGAUGAUGAGGAAUAUGAGGAAGAGGAGAACAGAGAGAUGAAGGACCAAAUGACCAUCAGGAAGUGUACUGAGUGGUUGAGAGGACUGGAGACCGCUACGGGUUAGAGGUCAGGGGUUGGAGGUCAGGAGGCUGUUCACAUGGCAUGUUUCAGAGAGGGUGGU